GGAAGGGAGGAGAGAGGAGGGGAGUAUUUUAGCAUAAAAAGUAAGACCCUGAGGAAUAGAAAUGCCUCAUCAUUUUCAGAGCUGGUUGUGCUGUAGUUGACUAUUUGCCAGAAUGAAAGUAAACGCGGAGAUGUUGUCCUCUCUCACACUCGGGAGUUGUGGUUGCUUUUAAUAAUGAGCCGGCCUGUAAGGAAGGCUGCCCCUUUUCUGCUCUCUGGGCCCCAUCAGACUCCAGUCGCUUCCCCCGAAAGGACAGUUUGCAUCUGUGUUUACAGGGGUGUUCGGGGGAGCCAGGGGGGCCGACCUGCCAAGGGAGCCAAGCCCCCUUUCCCCUGCGCCCCCGGGCUGCGAUUGGCCCUUCCCGGAGGCUGGCCGCGGGAGCCUUGAGUCAUCGCGCUGGAAAUCUUUCUGGAACUGGGCACCAACUUGCAUGUUGUGUUGUUCUCGUGCGUCGUGGGGAUUAGCUGCCAGGCCGGGUCGGGAGCGAGCGCGAGCGGCAACGUGCGGUCCAGAACCUGCCUCGGCCUCUCGGCGUAUGGAGCACAGAUGUCUCCGCUCCAGGCCUGAGCGCAGAAUGGAAAUGACCAACCAGAGGCCCUUCUGGGACGCAGGGCUCCGAGAUGAGGCCCUUCCGAGCCCAGCCAGGAGGCCGCUUUCCUCCGCUGGUGUGUAGUCCCGACUUCAGCAGCAGUGUGCAGGGUCAAAGACAGCUGGCCCCCCAUGUCAGUGGUCUAGGAUGGCCAGUGAAGCCACCAACAUCCCAAGUCCUGUGGUGCGCCAGAUUGACAAGCAGUUUCUGAUUUGCAGUAUAUGCCUGGAGCGGUACAAGAACCCCAAGGUCCUCCCCUGUCUGCACACGUUCUGCGAGAGGUGCCUGCAGAACUAUAUUCCCGCCCACAGCUUAACCCUCUCCUGCCCAGUGUGCCGCCAGACCUCCAUCCUGCCCGAGAAGGGGGUGGCCGCACUCCAGAACAACUUCUUCAUCACGAACCUGAUGGACGUGCUGCAGCGAACGCCAGGCAGCAACGUUGAGGAGUCCUCCAUCCUGGAGACGGUCACCGCAGUGGCUGCCGGAAAGCCCCUCUCUUGCCCAAACCACGAUGGGAAUGUGAUGGACUUUUACUGCCAGUCUUGUGAGACCGCCAUGUGUCGGGAGUGCACUGAGGGGGAGCACGCGGAACACCCCACCGUGCCCCUCAAGGACGUGGUGGAGCAGCACAAGGCCUCACUCCAGGUCCAGUUGGACGCUGUCAACAAAAGGCUCCCAGAAAUAGAUUCUGCUCUUCAGUUCAUCUCGGAAAUCAUUCACCAGUUAACCAACCAGAAGGCCAGCAUCGUAGAUGACAUCCAUUCCACCUUUGAUGAGCUCCAGAAAACUUUAAAUGUGCGCAAGAGUGUGCUGCUUAUGGAGCUGGAGGUCAACUAUGGCCUCAAACACAAAGUGCUCCAGUCGCAGCUGGAUACCCUGCUCGAGGGGCAGGAGAGCAUUAAGAGCUGCAGCAACUUCACGGCGCAGGCCCUCAACCACGGCACGGAGACAGAGGUGCUGCUGGUGAAGAAGCAGAUGAGCGAGAAGCUGAACGAACUGGCCGACCAGGACUUCCCGCUGCACCCGCGGGAGAACGACCAGCUGGACUUCAUCGUCGAGACCGAGGGGCUCAAGAAGUCCAUCCACAACCUCGGGACCAUCCUCACCACCAACGCCGUCGCCUCCGAGACGGUGGCCACGGGCGAGGGGCUGCGGCAGACCAUCAUUGGGCAGCCCAUGUCCGUGACCAUCACGACCAAGGACAAGGACGGGGAGCUCUGCAAAACCGGCAAUGCCUACCUCACGGCGGAGCUGAGCACGCCCGACGGCAGCGUGGCCGACGGAGAAAUCCUCGACAACAAGAACGGCACGUACGAGUUCCUGUACACCGUGCAGAAGGAAGGGGACUUCACGCUCUCGCUGAGGCUCUACGACCAGCACAUCCGCGGCAGCCCCUUCAAGCUGAAGGUGAUCCGGUCGGCGGACGUGUCGCCCACCACCGAGGGCGUGAAGAGGCGCGUGAAAUCCCCGGGGAGCGGCCACGUCAAGCAGAAGGCUGUGAAGCGACCCGCGAGCAUGUACAGCACCGGGAAGAGAAAAGAGAACCCCAUCGAGGACGACCUCAUCUUCCGCGUGGGCACCAAAGGAAGAAAUAAAGGAGAGUUUACAAAUCUUCAAGGGGUAGCUGCAUCUACAAGUGGGAAGAUAUUAAUUGCAGACAGUAACAACCAGUGUGUGCAGAUAUUCUCCAAUGAUGGCCAGUUCAAAAGUCGUUUUGGCAUACGAGGACGCUCCCCUGGGCAGCUGCAGCGGCCCACAGGGGUGGCUGUGCAUCCCAGUGGGGACAUCAUUAUUGCAGAUUACGAUAAUAAAUGGGUUAGCAUUUUCUCUUCAGAUGGGAAGUUCAAGACAAAAAUCGGAUCGGGAAAGCUGAUGGGACCCAAAGGGGUGUCUGUGGACCGCAACGGGCACAUCAUCGUGGUGGAUAACAAGGCGUGCUGCGUGUUUAUCUUCCAGCCAAACGGGAAGAUAGUCACCAGGUUUGGUAGCCGAGGAAAUGGGGACAGGCAGUUUGCAGGUCCCCAUUUUGCAGCUGUAAAUAGCAAUAAUGAAAUUAUUGUUACAGAUUUCCAUAACCAUUCUGUCAAGGUGUUUAAUCAAGAAGGAGAAUUCAUGUUGAAGUUUGGUUCAAAUGGAGAAGGAAAUGGACAGUUUAAUGCUCCAACGGGGGUAGCUGUGGAUUCAAAUGGAAACAUCAUUGUAGCCGACUGGGGAAACAGCAGGAUCCAGGUUUUUGAUGGAAGUGGAUCAUUUCUGUCCUACAUUAACACAUCCGCUGACCCACUCUAUGGUCCCCAAGGCCUGGCCCUGACUUCAGAUGGCCAUGUUGUGGUUGCAGACUCUGGGAACCACUGUUUCAAGGUCUACCGGUACUUACAGUAACGGCGGGCAGCUGGACGGCCCCUGGCAAAGGUCUUGCACUAUAAACUGGAAUGGAUUUCUCGCCGCGGGACCAGAUUAUACUAGACUUUUCAUGCUAGAAGGAAUCAUUGGUGAAUUUUCCAAGGUUAUUUCUGAAUGUAACAAUUUACUUAAAAACUGCAUAUUUGAUUUCUGUAAUUGACCUUUAGGGUUAAAAAGAAUCUAUAAAAACCGCAAAGUUUUACACCUGUGAACUAUGGCUUAUAGGACAGGGAUGUAUGUAGUUAAACCAAUUGUGCAAAUCAAAUAAGCGUUAAAAAAAAAUACCUGGGAGAUUUAAAGGUAUUUGUUAAGCCUGUGAACGGUAGCCUUUGCGCAGAGCUUCCAAAAACAAAACAGAACAAAACAAACAAAAUCUGUUGUAGUUAUAUACUUUAACCUCGGUCACAAGACCUGGGGAAUCUUCUAACCUCACUUUUACACUUGGUAUUACUCUUGUGACUUUUUUGGCUAUCAGUAACUACAUAUAAAUUACUUUAGAGAAAAAAAAUAAGACCGUCUUGCAAAAAUCCUCUCAUCUGUGAUUACCAGGCCUCUGAGUUGAGCACUUAAAAAUAAAUGCGAACUUUCUAUCCUUCCUGGGUUAGAUCAAAGAUCCAUUUUUGGGUUCUUUUCACCUUCUCUCUCCUAGUCACCUUGUAUUGAAAAACAAAGUACAUUUUUUUCAGGGAAACCUGAAACUCCUAAUGCUUUGAAAAGCAUAUUCUAAUAGUAAUGCUACCUGUUGGUAAACCAACAGCCCAACUCCAGAUCAAUGCACUGGAUGUAAUCAAGAAAAAGUUAGUCAUGUUUUAUGUGCCAUGUUCUCACAUGUGUCUCUCCUCUUCCACUUCAUGAAAGCGAAAGCUUUACCUCCUGCAAAAUGUCAGCACAUGUAGUAGGACACCAGUAUCCUAGGACAGAGAGCCAUAAGUAGCCCCUCGGAGGACGGAUGGUGUCAGCCAAAGGCAUGUGACUGAGUAAUGGUUUCCCCUUAGAAAGCAAGUGUUACCAAAGUUGUGAAAGCGUUACAGGUAAGGGCAUGUUAUGGUUAUUUAUCAUUGUCUAAUGAAUAGUAGAGGCAUUAAAGGACUAUGUAUACAUGAUUAGGGUAAGGUAGAAUGUAUCAUAUAUAUCUAUAUAGAUAGCUGAAUCUUUGGUGUAUUGAAAUAGGCAGCCCUCUGAAAGACAGAAGCAGCGUCCAGCCUUUCUUCAGCACAUUCCUUUUACGGAGCAGCUUCAAGCCGUCCUGUCCUAGUAGAACAAGCCCUAAAGCAGAUUUAAUCUUUGUCAUUUUCCAGGAAUGAUGGUAUCGGCUGACGUUACAUCACAAAAUGACCUUCUGGUCUUUCAAAAAAAACAAAAACAGGUCAAAAGAGAAAAGUUAAACUUGAAUUACAUUUAAACGAAGUAUAAAUGCAUUUUGAGAAAAAGUAAGAAUAAUUUAGCUGGUUAUUAAUCUGUCAUUGGUACUGUAAAAUAAGAUGUGGUUUAUUUUCACUGUUUAAUUUUCUACUCAGUUCUACCAAAUAGGAUGUCAUGUUUGGCAUUUUCGUUAAUGACUUUGGGAUCUUUUUCACUGAAAGCACCUUAGAACUGUACUAUAAGAAAACAUUUCCCAUAUGUAUAAUUAUAUGAAUGUGAUGUUUAUUGCUUUUUAAUUUAUAAUUCAGCCCCUCUCUUAUAUAGGAAUUUUUUUAAUUUAGAAGGGAAAUCUAGCUACUUCCAAUUGUCUAUCAAAUUUAUGCCCAAAUCAACCUCUGAAAAAAAUUUUUUUCAGAAAGAUUUACAUUUAGAUUUAGUACAUCUUUAGUUAGGUAGAGUUUUCAAAAUAUUGAGGUUGUGAUAAAAUUAUAAAAUUUAGUAACAUUUUUAGAAUGUUAAGACACUGUUUCCUAACAUGAGUUGAAAUAAGUCUUUGAAUUUAAAUAUUCAUAUUUAAUGAGUGCCUACUAGAAGCCAGGCUGUUCUUGGCACUGGGGACUUAGUGAUGGAGGAAACAGGCAAAAUUCCUGCCCCCUUGGAACUUACACUCUAAGGAGGGAAUUUCAUUUUGCUCUUUAUUAAUAUUCUGCAUAAAAGAUAAGCUAGACUUCUGAUAGCUCCUAGACUAUUUAAAAGAAACCUUUUAAAAAUUGGUUAAAUUCAUUUUAGUUUAUUUCCACAAGUAAAAAAUGGCUUCCUAUUUAGAUUCUGUCACAGGCUAUUGAUAUUAAGACUAGUUUACUUAAAGAUUGGUUUGUUUUGGGUUUUUUUGUACAACAUUUAAAUUAUAUGUGUGAAUUUAGAAAUUGAGCAACUAUCAUACAGUAUAAUGCUGGAUAUCUCAAUUAGUAGAUUGAAGACAAAGCUAUUUUUUUUUUUUUACAUAUGACUAUUGGCACAAACUGGAAUGGAAGAAAAGGUACUUUGAUUCAGACCUGUUUAUCUGUUACUAAAACACAUGCACUCCAGGAAACACUAUAUUCCCCCCCCCCCCAAAAAAAAUAUGUAAUCCUAUAUGUUAAAAUAUAAAUAACAUUUCAUAUUUGGAUACAUAUGUGCAUUUACUGUAUUUCUUGGUAAGCAUAUUUUAGGGGGCAAAGUGCUGCUAAGAUACAAAUAGACAAGAUUUAAGUGAAAUUUUGUCACAUUCUGUGGAAAAUGGUUUCUGGUAAACUGAGAAGGAAAUUUAAAAGUUAAGUGACUUUCUUCUGGGCUACCAUUAUUGCUUGAUUUCUCUUUGUCAAGUGUACAGAACCUGUCAUACAUUCAUGAUAAGUAGCACUGAAAAAUUAUCCCUUCAAAUUUCCCCUGGGCACUAUGGUCAAAUAUUGCCAGUUAGAAUGUAAAGGUCAGUGACAAUGCAUUUCUUCCCAAUACAGACCUCCCCUGCUGGACAUGGGUGGUAAAGAUCACUUGACCAUUCAGAAACACAUGAAUAAAAAGCCUUUAUGACUUUGCCAUUUCUUAGUGGUACUUAGUAUUUUGCUCAAACGUUCAUCUCCAGUAACGAAACAAGUCCCCAAGUUUCCUUAUUUUCAUUUAUCCCUUGACUAGAUUUGAGGCAAAUAAAUACUACAGGUCCAUGAAACUAGAACACACUUGCUUCUACUACUAAAUAUACAGGGUAUGUCCUAACAUGGAAUUAACUGGAAUAGCAGUACACUAGCAAGUGACUGUGGAUCCUUAACAUUAAGGGGUUCACACAAACGCUUUGGCAGUGCCUACUGAGUUAAUUGGAGGGAAUGCCAAAUACACGUCAGGUCAUCUGUAGAUUGCUUCAAAUGGGAAAAACCUUUUUGUACAUUUGGACUCUACAGUAUCCUCUCUAUUCACCAGCUCGUGAAAAGGAAGGAGUAUUUUUAGUUUAACAAUUUUUAAAAAGACCUUUCCAGGUAGGGUAAAACUAAAGCUAUUUGCUGCAAACAUGAUCUAAGUUGUAAUACUGUUGCAUUCUCUAAACGUUGCAGGGUUUUAAAAUUUACAAUUACUUUAAUAUUUUUGAUAACUAGGAAUCUAGUAUUGCCAUAAAGGAACUAAGUGCCCAUUAAAGAUUUGUUUGGUAUAAAUAAAUAAUUUUUUUGUUUUGUUUUAAAUGACAGUAAGCUACAAAUCAUGGUGUUAACCUUAAACUUUCCCAAGAUGAAUUGUGUGGCAGUGAUCGUGUGGUUGGUUUGUGGAGAACGUAUGAAAGCUAUUAAUAUUGUAAAACCGAUUGAUAAAUUGGCUAUGUUGUUCCAAUGAAUGUACAGCAUUUCCAUUAACCUUUGAAAGCAGCACAGCCUUAAACGCAAUGCUUUUGCUUUGUGACUCGGAAUGUUUUGUCAUUAACAAGAGUGUAUUCUUGUAAUAUAAUUCUUUAUAUCGUUCUCAAGUCUGGCCUUUCAAUCCUAUGUAUGAGUAAACAGAUUUUUUUGCUUCCUUUUUUUUCGUUUUAAAUUUUGUACAUUCCAUCUGUAUAGGUCUGUUUCAUACGUUCUGUGUAUAGAACACUGAGCCUCCUGCUCUCUGAUGUUGAUUCUGUUUGAUGUAUGCUCAUUUGUUCUUUUAUGAAUCAAAAUGCUGACUGCCUAUUUAAAGAAAAGAAUAAACGCUGUGCAUCGGAGUGUUUGUAUGUUCGUAGCUGCAUACGUACCACAGUAUUUUGGAUGCUUUUAGUGUACAAUAAAACUUUAAUUCUGUCUUGAAACAUAGGAGAAACAAGAUUCAUGCGUAUUAUCUUUACCAUGCACAAAAAAAAUCUCAAAUCAUUAUAAUAAAGCUUGUUUUCUCCGUU